AUGCACUCACACCUCACCCAUGUUCCUUCUCUGUCUCCUCCUGCAGGGGCUGUUGGCAUACUGCAGGCCGGUUUGAUUCCCUCACUCGUAUUCAAAUUGAGGACUGAGUCGGACGGAAUCCAGGAGCUAAUCCUAGAUACACUCUCCAGCUGUCUACAUGUGGACGCUUCUGAAGCUCUAGCAACUGGUGCCAUUACUAUCCUGAAGGAAAAGCUCACACACUCAUCAGCGGCCAUCAGAAGCAAAGCAGCUUGGGUCCUGUUAGAAAUUGGUACUCAUCCAGAGGGAAAGAACCUGGAAUGUGAUGAAGUUAUUCCUGUGCUGGUGAGCCUGCUCGAAGAUACAGAUCCUGAAGUCCAAGCUGCUGCAACAGGAGCACUGAUGUUUGCUACUGUUAAACCUCAGGGGAGAUGCUCAGCCCUGGGUGCUGAAGCCAUUCCACCUUUACUGAAGUUGGUUGCUGAGGAAACCAGCAAAGCCCGUCUGAAUGCAAUCAAAACCCUCACCAUGCUGGCUGAGCUAUCGGAGGGCCGCGAGACACUCCUGGCUCACGCAGACACAUUUCAGCAGUGUCUGGAUGAUCCCUGUGAGGCAGUGAAAAGAGCUGCCAAAAUUGCCAUCAGUGUCAUCAAACAGAAACCUUUCUGA